UGAGAAAGUGUGUGUAGGGGAAGGCAAGGCGCGCAGGAGGGAGGCAGGUCUGCUCUGCCCUGCUGCAUAAGAGCUCUCUUGCCAAGGGCCGGCGAUUCGGGGGCGCUGGGAAGAAGCCUCCCCCUCCCUUGGCCAUGUCACAAACUUCCAACAGGAUGCGUUCCAGCAGGGCAGGGAUCCGAGCAGCUGUGGUGCUCAUAGGGUUGUUACACAAGUCCAGGAAGGAAAAUAAAGAGAAAAGGAAACAGGAGGCACUGAACAGCACAGAUGUGACGGCUCCAGAGAGACCUUUAUCUCCGCCAUUCACAGCUCCACCAAGUAUGAAGUCUGCAGAGUUCUUCGAAAUGCUAGAAAAAAUGCAGGGACCAAAAUCAGAAGAACAGAGGGGUGGAGGCCAGAAAAACAAGGAGGACUAUAUCCCCUAUCCCAGCAUUGAUGAGAUUUUAGAAAAAGGCAGUCCCUACCCCUUAAUCAUCUUGCCUCAGUUUGGGGGCUACUGGAUCGAAGACCCCGAGAACCUCAGCACACCCACCUCGUCAGAAAGCAGCAUCGGUGACGAAGAGGAGGAACCACUCAGCCCCAGCACUUACGGCUACAAAUUGGAGUGCAAAGGUGAAGCCAAGGCGUACCGGAAACAUUUCUUAGGAAAGGAUCAUUUAAAUUUUUACUGCACAGCCAGCAGCCUGGGAAAUUUGAUCCUUUCCAUUAAAUGUGAAGAGGCAGAUGGGAUUGAAUAUCUACGGAUUAUUCUCAGGUCCAAAGCAAAAACUUUACACGAAAGAAUCCCUUUAGCUGGGCUCAGCAAGCUACCAAACAUUCCACAGAUUGCAAAAGCCUUCUGCGAUGAUGCCACUGGAUUAAAGUUUCACCCUGUGCUCUACCCCAAGGCAUCUCAGAUGAUCGUAUCCUAUGAUGAACAUGAGCUUAACAACACUUUCAAGUUUGGUGUGAUUUACCAGAAGUUUAAGCAAACACAGGAAGAAGAAUUGUUUGGGAACAAUGAAGAAAGUCCUGCCUUCAAGAACUUCUUGAAUUUGUUGGGAGAAACCAUUACACUUCAGGAUUUCAAGGGCUUUCGAGGUGGCCUAGAUGUCACUCAUGCCCAGACGGGCACAGAAUCCGUAUACACAGUGUUCAGGGACAGAGAGAUUAUGUUCCAUGUCUCUACCAAGCUUCCCUUCACAGAGGGGGACACCCAGCAGCUUCAACGGAAAAGACAUAUUGGCAAUGACAUUGUGGCUAUAAUAUUCCAAGAAGAAAACACUCCUUUUGUUCCAGAUAUGAUUGCUUCAAAUUUUCUGCACGCCUAUAUUGUCGUCCAGGCAGAAAAUCCAGAAACGGAUAAUGCAUCCUAUAAAGUAGCUGUCACAGCACGAGAAGAUGUCCCCUCCUUUGGUCCUUCACUGCCAAGCCCACCUGUAUUUCAAAAAAAUGCAGAAUUCCGAGAGUUUCUUCUCACCAAGCUGAUCAAUGCAGAAAAUGCCUGCUGCAAGUCAGACAAGUUUGCAAAGCUUGAGGAUCGAACACGUGCUGCCUUGUUGGACAAUUUGCACGAUGAACUCCACAUCCACACACAGCUGAUGUUGGGCCUGGGUUCUGAGGAAGAUAAGCUGGAGAAUGGUGGCCAUGGUGGAUUCUUGGAAUCAUUUAAGAGAGCGAUCCGGGUCCGCAGUCACUCCAUGGAAACCAUGGUUGGAAGCCAGAAGAAACACCAGCCUGGAGGAAUCCCUGGGAGCUUGAGUGGGGGGAUUGUGCACAACAGUGUUGAAAUAACCAAGACUACCUUCUCUCCUCCGUUAGCAGCAGCAACCGCCAAGAAUCAAUCAAGGAGUCCUAUAAAGAGGCGGUCAGGGCUGUUCCCCCGUUUGCACACUGGAUCUGAAAGCCAAGCAGAAUCCCGGACUCGAUGCGACAGUGGCUCAGGAACACCCAAGACCCCUGAUGGAGGGCAUUCCUCCCUUGAGAUGAAGUCAGAGGCAUCCUCGAACCCAAGCUCUCCAGAAAUAUGUCCCAACAAAGAGAGGCCAUUCAUUAAACUCAAAGAGAAUGGAAGGUCAAAUAUCUCCCGUUCAUCCUCAAGUACCAGCAGUUUCAGCAGCACUGCAGGAGAGAGUGAAAACAUGGAAGAAUACGAAAGCCUGGGCAGCCAGUCCUCAACUGCAUCACCAUAUAAGCAAGACGUAUUUGUUUACAGUCCUUCCCAAAGCAUCGAAAAUCCAAAUUUAGCAUCAGCCUCAACCCCUGUUAUCAUGAGCAGGAGCCCCACUGAUAUAAAAAGCAGAAAUUCUCCGAGAUCAAAUCUAAAAUUUCGCUUUGAUAAACUUAGCCAUUCGACCUCUGGUCCGACACAUUAGCUGAAGAAUAACCCCUAAAGAUCUAUAAAAGGACAUUUUUGUUGUGCUUGUUUCAUUUUAAACAGGGGACAUUUUUGUUUCGGACAACAGCAUUCCUCUACUACCCCAAACUCCAUAGCCACAUAAGGAUUGUCCUUCAUCCAAACAGAUCUUUCCAUAACACCACAAAAGAAUGGACCUCUUCCACCUCGUUCCAUGGCAGUCAUCCAUGCUUUAUCCCUCUGGAAUGGAAGGAUGCCCCAUGGAAGAACCAAGUUUUGUACCACGUACAGUAGAUCUGAACUGGCUUCUGUAUUUUUUCACUUGGUAGAUCAACAGAUUGCUAAUGUUGUUUGUAGCUGUUUUGACUUGAGAUCACGAGUGCUGCUUUUUUGGGCGAACCUUUUGACUUGAGAAAUAACGAUGAUGAUGAUGAUGAUGAUAAUAAUAAUAAUAAUUUUUAGUUGUUUUGUGGGCUAGUUUCUUAUCUAAUUGAGGCCCCAAACCCUGGAUUCAAGUGACCUUUUCUUUUUCUUACGCUAACACUGAUGUAAGAUUUUCCACACGAAGAUGGUGCUGUGCUAAAAUGUUCUUCUGCCUUUGAGCGUUCUACUUCCAUGUGAUGGAAAAAAAUGGCAUUGGGUUUUUGCUUUUAAAGGAGAAGAAAGUGUUGAUGGACAUCACAAGGGUGGCGUACAAUGGACAUGGGCAUACCUUACUUACAGGUAGCCGUAACAGUGCGUGUGAGCGUUUGGUCUUUCUCUGUAUAGUUCUCGCUGGCUUGUAGUCUCCCUGGCUAAUUAAAUCCAGAGGGGAAAAAGGAAGGAGUUGCUGUCUGGAUUUCUUUCAGAUCAGGGAGCAGGAGCAGUCAAAGAGAUAGUUCAGGGAUGUGUGCUUAAAAAAUCGUAAAAUAAAAUCAACGAAUCUUGAAGCCUCCACCCUUUGUGAUGAGAAAAUAAGUUGAACAUCAUCCUUCUCCAAGACAUUCUAAAGCUCCCUGAGAAUGAAGAGGAAAAACAGAAGCCACUUUCUCAGGCGAUGAAAAUGAAUCCGAAGGACACCGUUUGGCACAGCGUUACUUGAAAACGGCUUUGGUGAAUGUGGCCCCCUUCCCUUGAGCGUAAAAAGAGUGCUGUGAGAUCAGACCAGAGGUCUAAGCAGAUCUUUAUUCCCCCUGGAGCCAUCCAGGUACCUCUAGGAAGACUGCAUACAGGGCAUGGGGACAACCUCACUGCCUUUGUACAUGGAUGCUGUAUUUGAUUAAUGGUCAGUGAUAGACCUUGUUGCCUGCAUGAAUGUAUCUUAAGUUAGCAGCCUUGGGUCACCUUGUGGUAGUACGUUCCGUAGAUUUAGCUAACUAGGCUUUAAGAGCCCUCUGAAUUAACAAAGCAUGUUGUGGCAGUGACGUCCACAAAUAGAUUCUGCUCACCUUGAAAGCCACGUUAGGUUAUGGCUCUCAACCUCUGGAGAGUUUCAUAAAAUUCAUCAGGCUACGUCAGUGUUUCUCAAGCUUGGCAACUUGAAGAUGUAUGGACUCCAACUCCCAGAAUUCCCCAGCCACCAUUCUGGGAGUUGGUCCACACAUCUUCAAGUUGCCAAGGUUGAGAAACACUGGUCUACGUUCUGCUUCUUCCUACUAGAUUGGUUGUUACAGAAAGACCAACAUGUGUUUGUGACUAUAUAAUUUCUGUAAGCCACAGAUCCAAUCACGUCCCCUCUUUUCAUGUCUUUCCCCCCCACCUAUCAGAAGUGGCCAACUUGGUGUGGCAGAGGGGCCAUUGCCUUCUCCAGUGAUGCUUUUUCCAGCUUCCCAGUCCAGCCUACAUGUCCUGGGAUAUUCUGGUGGUCUCUCCUCCAUGCAUUGACACAGAACAACCCUGUUUAGUUUUCCAAGAUCAGCCACCAUUAACUAGGAGUUGUCUCAGCCCCACUAGGUAGUCCAGAGCAGGAAAUCAAUCCUACAAGAAGGCCAAAACUACUUUUAUUGAGAUAUUAUAAUAUCAGGACCUUACAAGCCUGACUGUGCUGGACCUUCUCCCCCUUCUUAUACUCCAGCGAAUUAGGGUGGUGUCUGCCUGGACCCUUCCGAAUGUUAUCUUGUUGCUCCAGACUUAAAAAAUGUUUCAGGCCCUUUUCCCUAGUUCUGCAUAUUUCCAUCAAGGUCAUUUGCCGUACUUUCUAUAGGCUGCCACCUGGCUCGGCCAGAGGCAGAUUUCCAUCUGAAAAGUGGAUAUAACUGAGGUGUUAGAGGAAAGAGUUGAAAAAAAAAUCCAGAUCUAAAGAAUGACUGCAGGUCAACAUCAGUGGGAUUAAUAAUUUUCUUCUAUCCAAUGGCAAAUUAGUUUUGGAUAUGGGAGAGGAAAAGAAACUCUCAGGCUCUACGCCUCACUUCUGUGAUUUGGGCUGCCUCUGAUGCUGCCCUUACAGACUGAUGAAAGCAGAGCUACGUUGUUGCACGCAGGCUUCACCCCUUUUGUGCAUGUGUGCAACAUCUUGACACACCUACCACAGAGCUUGCAUGGUGCCAGCAAAACUCUGCUUCCCUCUUCUUCCUCCCUGGGAGUAGCACUGCUAGAAUUUUUUCCUGUUGGCUUCUUACACAGAUCAUCUUCAUUACAGUUUAUAAGCUGAACCUGUAAAAUUUUGUCUCCCUGUGGUACUGAAUCAAAAUGUGCCUUCAUGCUUGCUGGCUGAAUUGUUUUUACAACGUUUUUUUUGGGGGGGGGUCAUUUUAUGUUGCACGUUGUCCAUAAGGUUCAGGUCAGGCCCCACUUUGAGAAUUUGGAAAAAUAGCUUGAUCUGGCUUUGCAUCAGUUCAGAGGUCUUGUGACUCAGCACUGCCUCCAAAUCUGAAAGCCAAACCAAUAAUAAUAAUAAUAAUAAUAAUAAUAAUAAUAAUAAUAAUAAUAAUAAUAAUAAUAUUUAUUUGUUGAAAGUUUGACAACUGCAAGGUACAAAACAAGAUCUUUAAUCAAUAGAUAAUGCUGCCCAACUUCAGGUAUAUAAGUGACAGUGAGUCAAGCAAAGUUUUUGCAGCCAAGCGCUGCGGAUUUUUCUUUUUGAAAACUUCCUUUUUUCGUUUCUCCUUGGCUGCCAACCAAAAGAAGGGGACAUGUCUGGAGUUUUCACCUCCAUUUUGGUGAAAUUUUGGGGUGGAUUUUUUGAAAGAGAGACAUGAAAUAACAAGGGGUUCUAAACCUCCUGGAAACUGAGCAUAUCUAUUUUUAUUUAGUUAAUUUUUUAAAAAAGCAAAAUAAUAAUAAUAAAAAAGGAAUAGUCAUGUAAAUUGGUUUCCCUCCUUCUCCCUUCCCAAUGUAUGUGGCUUUAAAUUUUAGGGAAUUUAAAAUGUUAUUCAAUUUUAGGGAAUUCUUCGGGCUGUAAGAGUCCAACAGCGGGCUGCAAGGCCCCCCGUGCAGAGAAUUUGGUUUCACCAGGAUGAGGGUAGGCAGCCAGUGUGAGAGUGUAGCAUCUGAAGCCCACGUUAAACAGAGUUCAAAAUGCUGGCAAAAGUCAUAGUCCUUAACCUAAGAGGUCACCUGAGUUUGGCAUGGAACAGGGAGGGAGAGAAAAGGGGGUAAAAAAUAAGAAAAUGACAACAUUGUGCUGUCUAGUGUUGUAGAGUUGGGCAGCCUUAUACAUUUCUAAAAUAAAUUAAAUAAUUUUUUAAAAAAAUUGCUGAGGGGGUCAGAUUUGAGCUCUCACUAGAUUUCCCCUCAAGGGAGUGAUUUCUGCCCAUUUUGGACUUCAACUCCAUGCUAGUUUUCCUAGGGCGGCUUUCCUUGAAUGCCACUUUGCUCUUAAACAAGUACCAGUAUCUUGCAUCAUAAAGAAAUGGUCAAUGUGGUGGGAUACUAGAAGUCUUCGCCCUUCUCUUAGUCCUUCCCAGCAACUGGUUUUCAAAGAUACACUGCUUCUGAGUCUGGAGGUUCUACUGCAGUGUUUUUCAACCUUGGCAACUUUAAGAUGUGUGGACUUAAAGAAUUCCCCAGAAUUCCCCCGCUGGGGAAUAUUGAGAGUUGAAAUCCAUAUAUCUUAAAGUUGCCAAGGUUGAAAAAGACUGUUCUGUUGAACUGCACUAACAAAGGAUGAGUUGACGGUUCCAUCUUUUGAUCAUUUGUCUCAUAUAUAUCAACUCAUCCUUAUAUAAUCCCUAUAAGUACUGCUGAAAUUAUAUAUAUAUAAUUUUUUUUCACCAGUACGUCUCUCAACAAAUGCUGGGAGUCAGUGAUGUGUUGUAUGAAAACAAUCCACCUCUUUAUGGGCAUAUGGAAAACUUUGCACUGAUUGUUUUUAUUGGUUGAUUCUGCAUUGAGUUGUUUAGCGUACGAGGGAAAAAAUACUUUACAAAAAGAAGAAAGAAAAGGAAAAAGAAAGAACUCCAGCCAUUGCACUCUUCAUAACAGGAUAACAGGCUCCUUAACAUUUCUUAGACAAGAACAGAAUGUUAUUUUUGUUGAACCGAAAGAAAAACACGAAGCAUGCAUUGAUACUUUUUAUUAAAGUUUUCUCUGGCUUUCACAAAUGUAGCAUGGUACUGCAACAAAUUAAGAAAAAUGCUAAUUUUUGAAGAGUACCAGAAUAUAUCUUACUCCUUCGUUUUGACAGAGCAGGAAAAAAAAACAACCCAUUAUUGUGUUCCUAAAGUUUAAUGACAUAUUGUGAAGAAUGGGAUUUUUAAAAAAAUUAAACUCUGAUAAAAUGAAGUAUUUUUCCUUGUGUUCAGAAGCAAUGCUUCGUAGCAGGUUGCUGAUGUAUGUUGUAUAUAAUGUAUAUUUAAUUUAUUGCUAUGGUAGCAUAUUGUAUUUGUCAUUGUAUAAAAAAAAUUCUACAGAAGGGUAAAAAAUGUAUAUUUUGUUGCUUAAACGUGUCUUUGCAAAAUUCAUAAUUAAAAAAAAAUAUUUUG